GAAGAAGAAUUUAACGGUUCCCGGUUGUUGACCCGCCGCAGCCUCCAUCGUGCCGGUGCUUUACAAACGGCUCCGGACUCGACUGUAGCACCGGGCCAACCGGUCACUGCCACACUGACUGCUCCAUGCUAACUCACCGCGAUGUGUUUCCGACGAGUAGCUAGGUGCUAACGACCCGCGUCAACAAGGAGCAUUGCUCCCGCAGAAGACCAAUGGAGGGUGGCUCUGAGGUGAUGGAGGACAUUGAUUUUCGAGGGGUGGAGUUUUCUGUCAAGAUAGAGGUGGACAAAGGUUUGCUGAUGGUGGAAAUCUCAGACUCACUGACAGCUGAUCAGUGGAGGGGGGAGUUUGACCCAGCAUACAUUGAGGAUCUCACUCGGAAAACUGGCAACUUCAAGCAGUUUCCCAUUUUCUGUAGCAUGCUGGAAUCUGCUGUGAGAAAGAUGAGCGAUUCUGUUACACUUGACCUCCUGACCUAUGCUGACCUGGAGCUGCUACGGAACAGAAAAGCAGGCGUGGUUAGUCGUACUCGCGGCCAUCAGCAGUCGUCUGCUCUCACGGCCAAAAGAUAUCUAAUCCUCAUAUACACUGUGGAGUUUGACAGGAUACACUACCCUUUACCCUUGCCCUAUGUUGGUAAGCUGGACCCAGCUGCCCUGCAGAAGGAGGUCAGAGCCCUCAGGGCGGAGCUCAGUGUUCUCACUUCUCAUGGAGUUAACAAAUCUGCAGACCUAGAAAUACAACGGCUACGAGCAGAGCUGUCUCUGGUGAAAGAAGAGAAGGAGGCUAUGACCAAAGCUCUUGAGCAACUGCAGAGGACUGCAAGUGGUUCCCCAUCUGGACGAGAGGACUGGAGGGUUAGAGAUGUGGCGAGGACGCUGGAGGAACAGCUUCUCAAGGAGAGGGCCAAAAGUCAACGCUCUGCAAGCAAGAGAUGCCAGGAGCAGAGACUCCUAAUGGAGCAGUUGGAGGAGCUGAGAGCAUCAGAGUGUGCUCUCCGUGUGCGUGUCAAGAAUCUCACCAGUGAACUGGCGCUGCUACGGAGAGGGCGUGUGACUCCCGUGUCCUGUCACAUCAGCUCUCGGGUUGAUGGGGAAAUCUAUCGCUCUCUCUCCCGUGAGAGAGGAUCAAGGUACGGGAUGGUCAGGGCUCGCUCAGGAUCCAGAGAACGGGUUUACGACAGAGUGCAAAGGUCAGAUGAAAGAGGAAGAAGAGCGGAUUCCUCAGGACCACGUGCUUGCAUAUCCAGGCCGUCCCCCUCUCCUACUGGGUCACGGGUCCCACGCUUUGACCCGACUGCAUACAUCCAGGACCGACAUCGCAGACAGAAAGAGGCAGAAAAAAAACAAAGGAAAGUACGGAGAGAUAUACUGACCUCGCCCAAUAUGCCUGAGAGGGGGCGUUCACGUUCCAGAGAUGCGUAUCCUCAGAUGGUCCGGUCUGGCAGCAGAGGCAGGAGUUUAUCUGUGGAGCGGAGAGGGAGCAGGAACUCCUCUGAAAGCUCCUUAGUGGACAUGGACGAAAUGUCCAAAGCCCUGUUUAGAGGAAGAAAACAGACUUACAAUUACAAUGGACCCAGUGCGUCAAGAGGAGGCCUUUUAACCAGGAAACCACGUUGCAGUACUCCAACACAGAGAAUGAAAGAAAAAGAGAGCUCCAUACAUACGGGUGCUGAGCUGUCGGAAAUCGACGCCAGGCUGCAGGCGCUGCAGGACUACAUGAGGGACCUGGACACAGGACAAUAACACAUCAAGCUUCCAACAUGAGUGAUGGGUUCCACUGUGUUCAUGUGAGACAACAAAUCUCCCCUGGAGGGUCAGACUUCCUCCACUUCAGGAAAAUACAGCCAUCACUGUGAAGGACUAAUUUUUGUGGACUGAAUUUUUUUUUUAUAUGCCAAGAUUUUACGAAUUAACUUAAAAUAUUACAGAGUGUAGUUUUAUUAUUUCUACAACCCCACACUACACAAGUGUGGCUGCCUCUAAAUCUGAAAAUAUUUAUACUUGAUGUUUUCUCAUCUUUCUUAUUUCUCAUCUUCCCUAUCUUCAACAUGCAGCUGAUGGCUCUAGCUGUUUGUCACUCACUGCAUCUUUUUUUACCUGAAUUAUUUUCAGAAUUGCAGAAAGUUUCAUCAAGUUGUUUUCAGUUGUAGUCUUUUGUCCUUGUCUGUGCAUGCGUGUGCGUAAUCAUAUCCAACAUUAAUGUUGUCGAACCUGGAACGGACUUGUUUCUUCCACGCAGUGCAUGCUGGGACACACUCCAGCUGCUGCUGCACCGUGAACAUACGCGACUAUAAACUCUACUGGAUUUCACUACAUCCCACGAUGGCUAAAUGUCAUUCAAACUGUAUUGUCAUCAGUUUGGUUUAAUUUUGACCUUGAACUCAACAUUAUCACUGUAAUACUAUCAAACCAUUAUGACAUUUAACUUGUUGAUCUGCAUGGUGAAUUCAGUGAAUUCAUAGUGUAUUUUCUAUUGUUUGAAAGUAAUUUGACCUAUUUUCCUUUUUGAUUUUACGUCCCAAACUAAAACAAAAGCAUUUUAAUCUUGGAUCAUUUGUAAUACCCAUCAGUGUUUUUUGUGAUGGUAUAAAUACCUACUGUAUGUGUUUACACUGACCGUUACUCAUUCCCCAGUCGAAUGCUUUUAUACCACUUAAAACUCUUAUUUAUAAGAAAGUUAUUCUUUGUGUAAAGACUUUUUUUUGUUAAGCGCAUGCAAUCGUCUCCAGACCUGUACAGUUGUGUACACACUGCUUCCCUUUGCACUGGUGUCCGCUGAAGUGAAGAGAAGCCUUGAAGGGCUUCACCACCACAGCAGCUUUCAUUAAUUAACAAAUAAACUUCCUCUCAGAGGAACGAUG